AUGCCAUCCACACACAAUGUAGAUAAGCCCUGGGAUACGGACGAUAUCGACAAGUGGAAGAUUGAGCCCUUCAAGCCCGAAGAUAACAAAGCCGGCGCAUUCACAGACGAGUCUCGUUUCAGCACCCUCUUUCCCAAGUAUCGCGAGCAGUACCUCAAGGGAUCAUGGAAGUUCAUUACCCAAGCACUGCAGAGACUGGGCAUCGGAUGUGAGCUAAACUUGGUUGAGGGCUCCAUGACCGUGUGGACCACACAAAAGACGUACGACCCAGCCGCAAUCCUAAAUGCACGCGAUCUCAUCAAGCUACUUGCUCGAAGUGUGCCAGCGCCACAAGCUAUCAAAAUCCUUGAAGACGAUGUGGCUAUGGACAUUAUUAAGAUUCGGAACUUGGUGGGCAACAAGGAGCGUUUUGUCAAGAGGAGACAGCGUAUCCUGGGACCCAAUGGAUCAACGCUCAAGGCUCUGGAACUGCUUACUGAGUGUUAUCUGCUUGUGCAAGGAAACACAGUAGCUUGUAUGGGUCCGUACAAGGGACUCAAGCAAGUACGGCGCAUCAUCGAGGACACCAUGCACAAUAUUCAUCCCAUCUACGCCAUCAAAGAGCUCAUGAUCAAGAAGGAGCUCGCCAAGGAUCCCGAACUUGCCAACGAGAGCUGGGAUCGCUUCCUGCCAAAUUUCAAGAAACGAUCUCUCAGCAAGCGUCGCAUACCCCACAAGGUCAACGACAAGUCGAAGAAGCCGUACACGCCAUUCCCACCGCCUCAAGAGAAGAGCAAGGUCGACUUGCAGAUCGAGAGCGGAGAGUACUUCUUGGGCAAACAUGCAAAGGAGAGGAAAGCUCAGGAAGAGAGGGAGGAGAAGAUGAAGGAGAAGAUGGAUGCCAAGAGAAAAGAGAGAAUGGCCGAGUAUGUGGCACCAGAAGAGGAUGGCGACAAGAAGAAAAAGAAACGCAAGCGGGAAGAAGGCGAAGGAAAGGACAAGAAGAAAAAGAAGAGGCACAACUAUGGGCCAUGGUCAUAUGCGCCCGUCUGCACAUCCAUUCUCCCGAGCAUCAACGACAAGCUAUGCGUAUAUACCAAUACAUCUUUUGCUCAAAACCGAGGCAUUUCGAUAUUCACUACACCAAGUUUGGCCAAGGACUUCGCAUCGCUACCCGCAUUUCGCGAUGUAUCAGCCCUCGUAUCCCAAUCCAUCAACAAACCUACAGAUACUUACCACGCCACCUCCAUCCCAGGAAAAGGCAUCGGAAUGCUCGCCUCGCGGCCCCUGAAAUUUGGAGAGCGGGUCACGGCCUACACCCCUGCAUUCCUAGCCUACUUGGAAUCCGAACUAUCCACACUAGACCGCGAAGCCCUCUGGCGCACCGCAAUCGAGCAACUCCCCUCGGACCUGAAGGAAAAGUUUCUCGGUCUCACAACCGUAUACGGCGACCCUAGAGUCCAGGUCCAGGAUAUCGUUAAAGCGAAUACGUUCCAGGUCCUGCUAAAUGGGGUGAAUCAUCUGGCCGUGUGGCCUGAGACUAGUCGGUUGAAUCACGCUUGUGCACCAAAAUGA